UUUGCCUUUUACAGACAAUUAUAGUUUUCUUCACACAUUUUCAAGACUUGAACUGCAUUUUCACCACCAAAUCUUAAUCAUGACACCUUUACCAUCGACGUUGAGCUCGGAGUCUAACUUCAAGAUCCAGCUUCUUUCCGGCAAGACUAUUGUCAUGGUGGAGCAUCCUGGCUACGAGAGUGAACUCUUUAUGCCGCAGAUCGUCGGAGGAAGGAUCACCUUCCAGAACAUCAUCCCCAAUCGAAAAUGCUGCGGCGGAAGCGGGAUGCUGUCGGAUGCCUUAAAGGGCGACAUGGCCACCAGGACUGCAAAAGCGAAGAGCCCUGCGCGUCGCUCCCUUCACGAUGUUAACCUCUCAACCCCUCUUGCCAAGAGCACCCCGUCCAGUUCAUCUUCUCUAAGGGCUCGGGCUGGCAAGGAGAACAUCCAGCCGCAGCUGACGCCAGAGGUGGCGCGAUGCCGACCCUUCCAGCUGCCUUCACUGGGUGAAGUGGACAUGGAUGUGGAGACCGUGGGCGAGUUAAUCUGCCAGGAGCAGACUUUCCACAGCCUGCGGCAGCCAUCUCCUGAGCCUCCUCUGCCAGCUUACCAAGUUGAAAGCCCCUCUGAGGUCUCUCCGCCUGUUGUUUCCCGCAAGAACCAGCUAAAUGAUAAAUCCAAGGAACCAGGCUCUAAGAACUCCACACCCAAGAUUCCGCCCGUACGAACCUAUUCCCGUAAAAAGGCGGGCACCCCCAGCAAAACAAAGCCGACACCUGUCUGGUCACCACUUCAGAAGAGAAAGAAGUAUUCCUCGGUAUCCUCCACCAAGGUGCCCACUCCCACCAUGAAGCUGGAGGUGCGCCAUCGCAAGCUGAUAGUGGACACCAAAAAGACCCUGGACGUCCAUGAUCCCAACAAGUUGACCAGUGUGCCUAUUACAAGGAAGAAAAUCAUUCGCAAGCAGGUGACCGGGAAGACAAGGAAGCAAUUCGAGGCCCUGAAAGUCACAGCCUUUGACUUGUUGACCAAUCCGUGUGUUCGAAGCAUGUCGGAAGAUCUCACCAAGCAAUUCCAGCAGUCCUGCCUGAACAAGAUCUGCACCACGUUGCCCAAUUACGCAGAGAUCGCGGUUGCCUCGCCCCUGAAAUUGGAUCGAGAGGUGAAGGCGCUGUUGGCCAGACAGAAGCGGCUGGAGCGGAUAAACCACAAACCAAGAGGCGCUGCGUCGCUGAAGAGCAAGCUGAUCUAG